AUGUCUUAAAAAAGCAUUUUUUCUUACAAAAAUAACUCCAGUUAUCGUAGCUAAAUUCAUAUAAAUGAAGAAUACCAUUAAUAGUUCUUAAAAUUUCCAUUUAAGUAAAAUGAUUCUAUAGUAGAAUCAGGCACUUCUUUGUAGAUAAGUAGAAGAAAUAUAUAAGCGAAAUGUGAUAUCAUCUCUUAAGAAAAUUUAUAAAAUAAAACCAUUUUUUAAGCAUUAAAUGAAGUUGAAUAAGAAAAACAUAAAAAAAGUGAGUAAGAAAAAAGGGAUACUAGUUUCUCAACACUGCCAAACAAUGUGAAAUAGCCAAAUAACACUCAUACAUAUAGAAUGCAUUUAACAUAGACAUAAGAACAGAACAUUCUAAACACUGUUUUUAACAUUGAGGAAGCAGAAAUGAAAGUGGUACCGAUCAGACUAAUGAAAGUUCUAAAGCUUUUAGUGAAUAUACAACAUUUCUUUAGGAUUAUCUCCAUGAAUACUAGGAUUUUUAACAAACUUAAUUCAAAUUAACAUGAUCUCAUAGGUGAUGUUGCAAGCAUAUAUUCUAAGAACACAAAACUAAAAAAUGGAAAUAAAAUUUUAAAUCUUGCAUGUAAUCUUUGGUAUUAUAUGAUCUUGCUAGCUUAGAAUUUGAAUAUUUAGAUAUUUGCCCCUUCAAAUGUUUUCAUAAAAGUAUGGGAUAGUUUAUAAUCGAUGCUCAUUUUUUUCUCAACUUUUCUUUUGAACUUAGAACUUUUCUUUGAAAUGGAUAUAUCACGUUUUUAACUCCUCUUUCAAAUUUUAUUUAUUGUGUCAGUUAUUGAUAUUUUUGUGGAACUGAACACAGGAGUACUGUAAAAAGGAGACAUUAUAUACAACAGAAAUUUCAUAUUUCAGUCCUAUAUGAAAAAUACAUUCUUAUUAAAUAUCCUUGGUAUUAUACCUUUAUUUUUUUUUAUUUCCAAAGUAGAAAUUAGUAAUACGAUAAGAAUAGUAUGCAAUAUUUUAUAUAUUUUUAAGUGGGUAAAAAUUUCAAAAGUGUUAAAAUAGAUAACUUUCUACGUAAGCUAUGAAAAAGACCAUAAAAAUAUAUUCGAUCUCUUAAAGCUUCUAGUUUUUGUAAUUGGAAUUUGCCAUAUUUUUUGUCUUUUUUGGCAUGGUUUAUGCUUAUUCGAAAUUAAAAAUGGACAAACAAAUAACUGGAUAAAUAGUAAAAAUCUCAUUGAUGCUACUAUCUAUGAAAGGUAUAUUUAUUCUUUCUACUUCUUGGCUGUCACUAUGGCUACUGUGGGAUAUGGAGAUAUUACCCCUCAAAACAGUGCCGAAGUUUUAUUUACAACAAUCACCAUUUUUGUAACCUGUGUUGUUUAUGCUUUUAGUUUGAACACAAUUGGUGGAAUAAUAGAAAACAUAGAAAAAAAGGACAAAAAAUAUAAAGAAAAUUUAUAAAUAAUUCAUGGAUUAAUGAGAGAAGAGGAAGUCUCAAGAAAACUUAAGAUUGAAGUCUCAAACUACAUAGAAUAUCUUUAUAAGGAAUCAAACGAAAUACAGAAAAAGUAGGAGAAAUUAAUAGUAGAAAAGCUUUCUACUAAAUUAAGAAAUGAUUUAAUUUUGGAAAUUUAAGGAAAAUAUUUAAAUAACAUUCCUUUGUUCAAGCAUAUAAAGGAAAAAGAUAAAAUAGCAAAAAUAAUGGAAGAACAUCUGUAUUCACCUGGUGAAACAAUAUUCAAUUAAGGUGAUUUAGAUGACAGCUCACUUUACUACAUAGUUAAAGGAAGCGUCUCAAUAAUAUUUAACCCAGAAAAUAACCCAAAUAGAGAGGCAAAAUAAAUUUAGCUAGUUAAAAAAAAAGAAUAUUUUGGUGAGAUUUCAUUUAUUAGUGGCAAUCCAAGAACUUUUACAGCCAAAACUGCAGACUUUUGCAGAAUAUACAAAAUUAAUAGAUAAUAAUUUUUAUAGGUGAUACAGUAACAUGAUUAAGAUUUUGAGAAUUUUCAAAUGAUAAAAGAAGCUAUUUCACUAAAUAAAAAUUAUAAAUUUUGUUCUAUUUUUUGCUCCACAUGUAAAUCUGGGAAUCAUUUUUCAAUAGACUGUCCUCGCACACAUUUAACCUUAACAAGGUAAAUUUUAAUAUCAAGACAUAACAGCUAUACUCCUUAAGAAAGAGCUGAAUUUAGAAGAAGAAAAGCCAAGUCAAAUUUCUUCUAAAAAAUUGAGAUUCUUCGCAGCGCACUUAUAGAUAUUAACAAUAAAGAGUCUUUAUUUGAAAUUUUGGAUUCUAUAGAAAAUGCAUGUAAUAUUAUUGAUGGAGCAGAUGAAGAUAUGAAUAUUCAAUUCUUAGAAAAUCAAAAAGAAGAAAACAAAAGGAAAAAUUAAGUUGAAAAUACAUAAAAAUAAAAUAUAUUUUCAAUUGAAAAUUUAAAUAGCUAAAUAGAAAAUUAAAAAAGAGGUUUAGGUAUUGAGGAAUCUCAAGAUAAAAUUCAAAAUCAGAUUAUAAGGUAAAGCAAAAAUAAUUUAACUUCAAUUAAUUAAAACGGUAAAGGAAAUAAAUAUGCUGAUAAAAUUGCAGAAUAAUCUAUUGAGAGUUAAUCUUCUUAAUUUAAUGAAUCUGAGUAAUAACCAUCUUCUCCCUCUUCUUCUGAAGAAGAUAACAAUUCUGUCUGUUCCUUUUAAAUUAAAAAACGAUAAGCCAGUAAAGAUAAUAUGUAGAUAACUAAGGUUAUUCAAGGAUAAGAAGAAGAAUAAAAGUUCAUAAUUGAUGGAUAAAUUAAUGAAAAUUAAAAAAAUAAUGCUUAUUAAUAGCAAUAAAGAAAUUCAAGCAUUUUUUAUAAAUUAAAAGGUAGCAAUUAGUAAAUUAACACUUAAAUGAAUGAUUGUUAAUCUUUAAUAAAUGAUUUGAAAAUUAGCAACAAUAAUGAUAAAUAAAAGGUUGUUAAUAAUUUAUAAGUUAACAAUAUAAUUUAAUCAAGGAGAACUUUGAGAGGUACAAGGGAUACAAACUAUUUAGAAAAUGUUUUGAAAUAAAUUUAAAAUAGAUCUUCUAUACAAGUUGAUGAAUAAUCUCAUAUGAAAAAAUUUUCGAAUAUUAGUAUUGAUCUCUAAAAACGUCUUUCAAAAAUGUCUUAAAAAGGUAGUCAAAAAAAUAUAACCUUAUAAAACCCAUAAUAAAUACCAUAAAAUAAUAGUAUUUAAAACUCCUUGUCAUAUUUAGCAUUGAUCAUGGAUGAUAAUAUUUAAAAAAAUGGUAAAAAAGUGAAUGAUAUAACAGAAUCUUAUGAUUAAGUAAAUUAUCAAAUGCUUUAAACCUUUGAUAAAGCCAAAAUCUUUAAAUAUUAUUUGCCUCACUUUAAUUACCCUGAAAUUGUUUAGAAAUGGGUGCUAUUUUAAUCUAAGAGGCAAUAAAAAAUCUCCAAAUCGGUUAAUAUUGCUAAAAAAAAGAAAAGAUACCUAAACAAGAUAAAACAGAAGGAUAGCUUUUGCUUAAUUAAAUGA